AAUUCCGUGUGUCAGGUCCUGAGCUCACGGUGUCAUUGGUGAGUGACCGAAGAUGUCUCACAGCAGGUUGUUUGCCAGGCUGCUCUUGCAGCAGAGCGGAGUCAGGCACUGUUAUACGGGAACAAGAAAGAAUCUCUAUAUCAGCCAGAACACAAAAGUUAUCUGCCAAGGCUUCACAGGGAAGCAGGGAACGUUUCACAGUCAGCAGGCUCUUGAUUAUGGCUCCCAGUUAGUCGGAGGUGUUUCCCCCGGAAAGGGCGGUAAGACGCAUCUGGGCCUGCCAGUAUUCAACUCCGUGAAGGAGGCAAGGGAGGGCACAGGGGCCGACGCCACCGUGAUUUAUGUACCUCCCCCUUUUGCGGCAGCAGCCAUCAUUGAGGCCAUUGAUGCAGAGAUGCCGCUGGUGGUGUGCAUCACUGAGGGCAUCCCCCAGCAGGACAUGGUGAGAGUCAAACAUAAGCUGCUGCGCCAGAGCAACACCCGCCUCAUAGGCCCCAACUGCCCAGGAGUAAUCAAUCCUGGAGAAUGCAAGAUUGGGAUCAUGCCCGGCCACAUUCACAAGAAAGGAAGAAUUGGCAUCGUGUCUAGAUCGGGUACCCUGACGUAUGAAGCUGUGCACCAGACCACACAAGUGGGCCUAGGCCAGUCGCUCUGCGUUGGUAUCGGCGGGGACCCGUUCAAUGGUACGAACUUCAUAGAUUGUCUGGAGGUGUUUCUGCAGGAUUCCAAGACGGAGGGCAUUAUCCUUAUUGGAGAAAUCGGAGGCAACGCGGAAGAAAAUGCAGCAGAGUACCUCAAAGAGCACAACACUGGUGUUAAUUCAAAGCCCGUCGUGUCCUUCAUCGCGGGGCUAACCGCUCCUCCCGGUCGGAGGAUGGGCCACGCCGGCGCCAUUAUCGCCGGUGGAAAAGGUGGAGCCAAAGAGAAGAUUGCAGCCCUGCAGUCAGCUGGAGUUGUAGUCAGCAUGUCCCCUGCCCAGCUGGGCAGCACUAUGUUCAAGGAGUUUGAGAAGAGGAAGAUGUUGUAAAUUGUUCAAGAAGGCGCCUGCCCUUUUAACCCCUGCCCUGAAAUUGAGAUGAGCAGCCUGAUCGUGGAGAGGGAUGGGCCCUACACUAUCUGUAAACCCUGAUUAUCUCAGCAACGCACAUAUAUGGUGUUAAUAUUGUAACAUCUGCCAUGAACUUGUACCUUUACACAUAAUGAAAGAAUUAAAAAAUAUUGUGUCUUAA